UUGCCACAGGCCAAUGUCACCUGCACUCCCAGCACCCCGGCGCCAGCUCGCAAGCGAAGGCGCCCAAACCAAGAUCUCCAGGAACGCCUCGCGCGAUGCGAGGAGCUACUCAAGCAGUAUGCAAGUGGAACGGUGCCGAUACCUGCUCCGUCUACUGCUCAACGGCCGUUACCACCAUUACCAACAACGCCUUCAAAUCCCAACUUGCCGGCUUCCGAGGCUCCCGUCGCCACGCCGGCCAGCGUCGAUUCCACGCAGUCUCGUAAUCCAGGCGCGCUCAUGGUGAAGGAAGAUGGCAACGUCCGAUUCAUGGAUAGCUACAUAUGGGCUAGUGUGUACGACGAGCUCCAGAAAAUGCGGGAUAUUGUUGAGACGGAUGAUCCAGAAGAAACGAGUCUCCUUGGGUCGGACGAGCUCACUCCAGACAACAAUGCAGACCUCGUGCUUUCUGCCGACGUGUUUAACACCAACAUUGACGAUCUGCAGCCCGACCCUAUCCAUAUUUUCCGGCUCUGGCAGCUCUACCUCGACCGCGUCAACCCCCUUUUCAAAGUCAUUCACGUCCCGACGCUUCAGCCGGUGAUAAUGGAAGCAGCGACGAAUAUGAGCGGCCUGCCUAUGCACCAACAAGCUCUUCUUUUCUCCAUCUUCGCCAUGGCAAGCCUUUCAAUGACUUCUGCAGAGAGCAUACAAACCCUCGGCAUGUCUCGCGAAGCCGCCAUCCAGAAAUUCAACACUGGUACCAAGGCAUGCUUGAUCAAAUACAGCUUCCUCAAGAAUUAUAACAUGACAACGUUGCAAUCCCUCGUCUUAUACCUGCUUUCUCUAGAAGGACGAUAUGACAGACAUGCCCAAUGGAUCAUCAGCGGAGUCAUUAUGCGUAUAGCCCAGAAGAUGGGCUAUCACCGCGAUGGUUUGCAACUAAACCUGACCCCUUUCGAAACCGAAAUGCGCAGGCGUAUUUGGUGGCAGAUCAUGAUGCUCGAUGCCAAAUGCGCCAUGAUGUCUGGCCUCAGCCAGUCGUGGAUGAAUCACGAUUGGGACACCAGGAGGCCCCUGAAUCUAAACGAUGCGGACCUAUUCCCAGGCUCUACUGAGCCAGUCGUGGAGCGUGAUGGCCCUACAGAAAUGGCCUUCAGCAUCGUCAUUACGGAAGUAUUCCGAUUCAAGAUGGAAACAGACGGCUCCAACGAGUCCCGUGCCUUCGAAGCUGCCAUCAUGGGCCAAACGCUCGACGACAGCGCGGACCCGGAAAACAACACCAAGGCGAUAUUCGAGAAAUUCCGGAAAAAGGCAGAAAAACUGGAAGAGAGACUGCUGGAGAUUGAAAAGAACAUGAUCGAUGUGAGGGCAGGCAACGCCCACGUUGCGGCGCUUGCCAUCCGGCCAAUGCUCACUCAUAGGUUGUCGGAGAUGCUUGUGCCCAUCCAAGAGCAGCCAGAAUGGGGGACCGAGAUAUUUGGUCCCAAAGACAACUUCUUCAAAGUCCUGCUCAUGAUGAUGGAGCAUAAGAUGGAGGCGCACGAGCAAAUGGUGGCAGCCGGCUUCCAGUGGUUCAUGAGGUUUCACUUUCAGCUUGAUGCCUUUGCAGUCUUCACGGGCCUGCUUCACGAUCGCCCGAUGGGAACACUGGCGGACCGCGCCUGGGAGGUUAUGCGCAAGGUUUACGCCAACCAUCAAGAAUUCUCUGACAUGACCAUCAAGCCACAUGCGGCUCAAGCUCAAUUUGUGCUCAAAGCCUGGCGAGCGCGGGAGCUGGCCUACGCCCAGAAUGGCCAAGUGAUUGAAACCCCGAGCUUCAUCAAUCGUCUUCGGGAAUUGGUGCCCUGCAGCGAUUCCAAGUCGUCUGGGCAGGGUUCUGUGACUUCUCCCGCGACCACGGUGACACCUCAGCAACAGCCACUCAUGGGUUUCAACCAGUUCCUCGGGGGGUACCUUGAUGUUUCCACAGUGAAUUGGGACAUGUUUGGAGAAUUGAUGCCAAGUAGCGGAGAGCAACUCUCCGCCGCCAUGUUUGAUGGCUACACCAUGGGCAACCUCGAUAUGGGCAAUAUGGGCCAUUUGGGCUAGGGGCCACCGUCUUCUAGCCAUCAUCUGUAUUGAACAAAUAUGGGCUGCGACGAGGACAAUAGGGCGUCUGUAUGCAUGGGCAUGGGAACUAGGCAGGAAUGCAGGGUCCAUGCAUGUGU